AUGGGGGAGACUGAAGAAGCUAUUCAGUUGAUCAACGAGGAGAAAGAGUUCAACUCUAGUACAUUACAGUACUUCCAGAAGUGUGUUAAAGAGAGGGAUGUUGGAGUGGACUACCAUGUUAUUUCUGUUUUCGGAUCACAAUCAAGUGGGAAGUCCACGUUAUUGAAUGCGCUAUUUCACACUCAGUUUGAUACCAUGAAUGCCAAGGUAAAACGGCAGCAAACCACAAAGGGUAUCUGGCUGGGUCAUACAACUCGGAUUGCCACGCUGGAAAAUUCAUUAACGCCUGUCAAGGAUCUCUUUGUGCUGGAUGUGGAGGGCUCGGACGGUGCUGAACGCGGAGAAGAUCAGGAUUUUGAGCGCAAGGCCGCUCUUUUUGCUAUAGCUAUAUCCGAAGUAUUGAUUGUCAACAUGUGGGAGCAGCAAGUUGGUCUGUAUCAAGGGAAUAAUAUGGCGUUGCUAAAAACUGUUUUCGAAGUCAACCUAUCGCUCUUCGGUCAUCAAAAUGACCACAAAGUGCUUCUUCUUUUUGUAAUCAGAGACCACGUUGGAGUAACCCCGCUCUCCAGUUUGCAAGAGACGCUGGAAGCAGAGUUAAAUGCUAUUUGGUCAGAUCUUGCUAAGCCAGAAGGAUGCGAAAAUUCAUCCCUGUAUGACUUCUUUGACUUGAAGUUUACUGCAUUAGCUCACAAAGUCCUCCAGCCAGAUCUCUUCAUGGAGAACGUUAAAGAGCUAGGAAACAAAUUCUCCUCUGAAACUCCCGGUAAAAGCUUUUUCAAACCUGAAUAUCACCACAACUUACCAUUAGACGGAUGGACGAUGUAUGCAGGAAAUUGCUGGAACCAAAUCGAAACUAAUAAGGACUUAGACUUGCCCACACAGCAAAUUUUAGUUGCCAAGUUCAAGACAGAAGAAAUUUCCAACCAAGCCUUGGCUCUUUUGCUAGAAAACUAUCCGGUUGACCUGCAUUGCAGAGAGCUUUCGGAUCUAGCUGGGAAGUUGCAAGAAUUGAAGUCGUUAUGCUUGCAGGAGUAUGAUACUUACGCUUCUCGCUAUGCCAAGCCAGUCUAUAUGGACAACAGAAGAGAUCUUUCGCACAAGAUUGAAAACAAAUUCAAAGAAACCAUUUCUAAGUUUUUAGAUGUUCAAAAGGAAGACUUGCUCUCUCAGGUUGAGAAAGAUCUUACAGAAAGAUCUCGAUCAACCCCUUUUGUUACUAAGAUGAAAGAGGCUCGCAAAAAAGCUUUCGACGCAUUUGAAGAACUUCUGCUCCAGUUUACUAAGCUGGAACUUGUCGCAUCCUUAAGCGAUGAAAAUGAAGCUUUUUCUAUUGCGCUUGAUGAAGCCUGUUCGAACCAAAGCCGUAAACAACUCAAACAAAGUGUUAAUCGUAUCAGCAAAAGCGUCUCGAGUGGUAUCAAGGAGGAUAUCUUCUUCUUGCUGGCACACCCUGAACUCGAUCUUUGGGACAAGGUGAUGGAAAAAUUCAAUGAAAUCGUUAGUGACAGUACUGAAAGAUAUGCAGUAGAUGACGAAAAGUUUGAUUUUCAGGUCGGGCUCUCAGAGGAGGAAAAUCAGAAAGUUUACAAAAAAGUCAGGUCGAACGCAUGGACUAACUUGUAUGAGUUUGUUCAUGGUUAUUUGAAUGAGGACAAUGUUGUGUCUAUUUUAAGGGAUCGCUUUGAAAACAAGUUCAGAUACGAUGAACAUGACUCCCCUAGACUUUGGAGAAACGAAGAGGAAAUCGAUAAUGCUUUUAGGGUUGCUAAAGAGCACGCCCUUGAGGUGUUGAAUGUGCUUUCGCUCGCAUCGAAUUCUGAUCAUGUUGAAAUUGUCCCCGAUGUUCCCCUUAGCAGUGGACUUGAUGACGAAGAGCUUGAAGGUGAAUACGAAGACGAAGAGGGUAUAUAUCACGAAAAGGGUUUUGCACACAUACUGACCGCCUCCCAACGGGAGAGAGCUGUGCAAAAAUUCAAACGUCAAGCAAACACGACUGUUAUUGAGGCCAAGAGAUCAAUCAUUCGCACAACUACGCAUAUUCCUCUCUACGUUUACGCAUUGCUCGUUGUACUAGGCUGGAACGAAUUCAUGAUUGUCAUCAGAAAUCCCCUCUUCGUUACGCUUCUCGUGAUACUAAGCGUUACUGCCUACUUUGUGCAUAAGCUCAACCUCUGGGCGCCAAUCCUAGCUUUAGUCAACUCUGCAGUUAGUGAAACCAAAGCGCUUGCAAGAAACAAGCUCAAGGUUAUUUUAGAUGAUGAUUCGAGCUCCUCUUCUAAGGCUUCCAAAGAGCCAACCGAGGAAUACGAAAUGCAGGAUCUGGCCAAAAGCUCGACAACUGGCACAGGUUAG